GUGUUGUUUUUCGGGUAUGAGAAGCAGGCAAACAACAUUGUUUUUACGGUAUGAUUGCUGACUAGAUGGAUGGAUGGCUGGUGUUGUUGCUAAAUGUUUUUUGUGUAUUUUUCUACUUCUACAACUGCGAUAUUCAUUGGGAGCUGUGAAACGUUGUAUAUUUCGUCUUCUUUCGUGUUUGUUGUGUGUUUGCAGCCAAACAGUCGUCAUCACUUUUACAUACACGACGGUUUGUUAAACAAAUUCGACGCUAAAUCACAUGAGUAUAACAACAAUAAGCUUUAUGAACGUACGUUAAUGUUAAUGUUGUUGUUGGCAAAAAGUUAAAAAGUGGAUAUUGGAGUAAGAACGAAAGCGAUGGAAAAACAUCCUCCCGCGCCCUUAAAUCAUUAACAGCAAACAAAAUAAACAUUAUUUUGGCAACUUGAGGCAGCGAAUGUAUGGGCCUCAACAACAAACCAAGAUAAACAAUAAGCCAAAUCGAACCAACCAACCAGUCUAUCAGUUAGGCAGUUAGUAAAACUGCUAAAGCACCAGCACCAUCAACAACACCAUAAGCAACAGCAGUAGCAAUAAUAACACUAACAACAGCUACAACAACGGCAGCGCAUGCUUAUACGUACUCACUGCCAAACAACAACACGAACAAUUCAAAAACAAAAACAAAUAUAUGUACAACACAUAAAGCUAAAGAAAAAACAGCAACAGAAAAAAUAAAAACACAAAAAAUUAUAUCGAGUCGCAGCCACUUCAACCGUAAUCAACUUAUUUCAAAAACUAAAAAUUUCAGUUUCGCUGAUACCGUAAGAGAUAAACGACGUUUGUGUUGAAACGUUCGAAGCGAAAACCAACAAAAAAAUUAAUACAACAAAAUAUUUCAAACAAACAACAGAAAGAAAAAUAUUGUAUUAAAAUUAAACAAAAAAUAAAUAAAUCUAUAUAUUUAAACAACGUUUUUAAAAAUAUUUAUAUACAUAAAAUAUCUAAAUAAAAUGAAUCUAACGGAAACGGAUAAAACAGUUACUGUGUUUUGGUUUUAAAAAAUAAUAUUUAAUAAAAAUCAAUUUGUUCAACAUUGUAUAAAAAAAGUUGACAAAAAUUAAAAAAUUAAUGUGUCAUUCCACAAAACAACAAAAGAUGGUUAUAAAGAUUUAAAUUUGACGAAUUUUUAUUAAUUACUUUAACAAAACAUUAAAAAAACUUUUUGGAUUUCAUUAAAAAUUUCAAAAUAUAAACUCCCUACUUUGGAACAAAAUUAUAUCGUCCGUUUAAUUAAAUGUACAAAAUAAAAGUUACCUCAAUAUAUUAUUUAAAAAAAAUUUAACAACAACAAUUUAAUUAAAACUUAAAUUAAAAUUGAAAAUUUUAAAAGUGGUCUCAGGUUACCAAAAAAUUAAAGAAAUAUAAAUAAAAAAAUUAAUAUGUUAAAUUUAUACCAAAAUUAGUGGAAAUUUUUGAACAUGAUUAAAUAAUUAACAGAAAUAUAAAACUAAAAAUUUUUGGUGAAAAAUAAAAAACAAACCCUGCAACAGCAACAACUCAAUCAACAUGAUUAUGGUGCAACAUUUGGUGGCAGCAAAUGCUCAUACAUUUGUAAAUCCUACCACCCAAUCACCGUCACCUUCACCGCCCGCAAAUAAUCUGCAAUCACCCUUAGCAUCACCCACAGCCUCGAUAUCAUCACAUCCCACUACAGCCUCUUCGCCCUUAUCCUCACCCGGCGAUGAUAGAGAUCUAAAUAUGCAAAAAAUUCCGUGCAACAUGGAUGCGACACAACGUAGCAGCAGUAAUCGAUCCCCUUGUUCUCCUCUGCAAAACAAAGUUGAAACUCCGGAAUGGUCUCAAACACAAAGUCAAAUGUUUGAGGAAGAAGAUGAUUUGGAAACACAGCGAACAGCAGCCACCAUUAAUCAAACGACAAGUGCCAUACAUAAAGGAUCACCACAAGAGGAAGAUCAGGAUGAGGAGUUAGAGGAGAGGUUAAGCCAUGACCAUGAAUAUCGUCAACAACAAUCGACAACUUCGCCCUCUAAUCCCACUCCCUCUUCGUCGCCAGCUUUAUCGGCAAAUUCCUUAAAUCAACAGACACCCUCUCCCCAACACUCACCCACGACAACAGCCAACAGUCAAGAUUGUCGUCAACAAUUUACCGUACUUUACAACCAUCUUCGACAACAUCCUCCCGCCUCUCGUCUUAACGUGCUUAACGAUCAUCACCAACAGCCGUCGCCACAGCCCCAUCAUCCUCAUCAGAAGGAUAACAACAGCAAUGAAAUGGAGCAGCAAAAUAGACGUUCUGUUAUUACGAGUCGGGAGGAAGAAGACUCCCUUUCCCAAGAACGAUCAUCAUCGGAAAAUCUCGACAAACAAAUGGAGGAACAACCUCCCUCCGAUCACUAUCACAGUGAUGAUGAAGAUUUCGAUGACGAAGUCCCUUUGGAUUUAUCUUUACCCACAAAACUUGCCAGAAAUCGUGCACGCACCUAUUCGGGUACGGAAUCAGAUGAUUCUGGUUCAGGUGUCAAUGAUCAUUCUCAUCAUCAUCACCACCAUGAAGCAAGCAGACGUUUAAAACCUGAAGAACGUAAAGCGGCCUACAAAAAAUCAUUAAUGAAAAGAUAUUAUACAGAAAUUCCUAUUAUCAAACAAUCAACAAGUCCGGGACCUCAUUUGCAACACCUGCCUCCACAUCAUCAACAACAAACGCCUCAUCCACAACAGCAACAACAACAGCCACAUGUGACAACACAACAGCAGACCACAAAUCAAACAUCGUUCACGGGAUCAACCACUGUCAUUAAUAUUAAAUCAGAACAAAAUGUUUUGACCUCACCGCAACAUCAACAGCAGCAACAACAACAACAGUCGCAACUUGGUGCCGUCAAUUUGCAACAUGGCAGCUUAACAGGACCCAAUACCAAUUUACAGUCAUUGAAUAUACCACACCGGCCACUCUUGCAUAAUUUACUAAGCGGUGGCUCACUGCAUACAACACAUCACAGGAGUUAUGGUGCAGGAACAACAGGUUCAUUUCCUCCAAGUCCGGCCGAUAGUGGGGUUUCCGAUGUCGAUAGCUCUAGUUCAGGUGGCCAACCGUGCAGUGAUGAGCUUAAGGCUCGUCUGGGUUUGCCACCACAUUGUAAUACGCAUACAAACCAUUUAACAUCGGGCACAUUUCUACAUCCGAAUCUUUAUCAAAAUUCUCAAAUAAGGAAUAUUUGGAAUCGUGGUGUUGGAAUGCCCGAAAAUUACUAUUUACCUUUAUCCACAAAUGGCGGCAAUACUUCCAGUAAUGGCCCAGUUGGUAAUAACAAUGUUUCCUGCAGUUCUACGGCGCCAAAUGGUCUGACCAGCAAUGGUUCCUAUACAGGUGCACCCUACUUUACAACUCCAUCUCCGCCUCGUACAAACGUCGGUUUGGCUUCACAUCAUUCCCUACAUCCACAUCAACAACAUGCUUUGCAUACGCACCAGCAGCAUUCCUCCGUCUCCAAUCCAACGGUCGGCUCGACCAGUAAUGGCGUUCUGAACACGAAUGGCGUGUUGACGCAUCAACAAAGUGUUAUACAACCGGCCACAUCGAGUGUUAACUAUGAUCUCUCCUACAUGCUAGAGUUGGGCGGUUUCCAACAGCGUAAAGUUAAAAAGCCCCGCAAACCCAAAAUCGAAAUGGGCGUUAAACGACGCAGUCGAGAAGGUUCCACUACCUAUCUGUGGGAGUUUCUACUUAAACUCCUGCAAGAUCGCGAGUACUGUCCACGUUUCAUAAAGUGGACAAAUCGUGAGAAAGGUGUUUUUAAGCUGGUCGAUUCGAAGGCCGUUUCACGCCUCUGGGGCAUGCAUAAGAAUAAACCCGACAUGAACUACGAGACAAUGGGACGAGCUCUACGCUACUACUAUCAAAGAGGCAUAUUGGCAAAAGUGGAUGGUCAACGUUUAGUUUAUCAAUUUGUUGAUGUACCCAAAGACAUUGUGGAAAUUGAUUGUAAUGGUGUUUAAACGAGAAUGAAACAAACCAAAAAAUAAAAGAAAGAAAACAGAUCGACAAAAAAUAGAAAGGAGACCAAGCAAAUUAAAGUGUAUCGGACCAUUUGAUGAUUGAAUAAAAUUGUUACUCCACAAAUUGGUGAAUAACAAUAAAACAAAUCAAAUUCUCUAAUUGUAACCAAUCAUUAAAUACGAUCCCCAAAAUAGCUAUUCUCCUAUAAUGGGUUAAAACACUGGAUGGUGCUGCACUCUAGAAAAAUACUUGCGCUUUGUGCAACUCAAACUCAAAAAAGCUCAAGCGAAAUUAUUUUUCUCCAAAAGUUGAAAUUAAUCUUUGCAACAUGCUGUACAUGAGUGUAGAUCGAAAUCGGAUUAUUUUCCUAACAACACAACAACAAACACAUACAAAAAAAACUACCAAAACAAAAACAUUUGGAUAAAUUUGAAAUUACAGGGGUACUCCCCUAAUACGAAUAAAAUGAAAAUUUAAAAAUUUCCACUUUGUAUGUUAAAAAACAUUAUAAUUUCAAAAGCUAAGCUUAGAAAAUAAAAGAAAAUACAAUUCUAUAACAAAACGUAUGGCCAAAAAUGAAAUUGGGAAACAACAAAUCUCAACGUUGUUAAAGUUAGAGUUAAAAAUGUAAAAAGUUUUUUUUUUAUUUUUUAAGAAACAAUUUGUAAUAAUGGAAAACUAUAUGUGUUAAUAACUUUAAAAAAGUAUAAAAAAUUUAAUUCUCCUUCUAAAUUUAAAUUUGCUAUUAUAAAUAUAAAUUACUUUUUUUUGUUUGUUUUGUAAACUGUGCUAUGCUAUUGUUUACUAUUUAAAAAAGAAAUAAUUAACAAAACAACUAUAAAUAAAUAAAUACAUAGUAAUAAAGAGUGUAAAUUUUUUCAUAAACAAUAAAAUGUAAUGAACAUUUAAUUUAAUUUGUAAGAGCAACCAAUAUAAGGGAUUAUAAUGCAAUUUUGGAAUUAUAAUUUCAUACAGUUUUUUAUUUUUAAAAAUUUUAUGAUUAUUGUAUUGUAAUUGUUAAUAAUGUUUAAGAAUUAUUAUUAUAUUAUAUUAUUAUUAUUAUUACUAUAAAAUAGUAUAAAUAUUCUAUUAUAUUGUUAGUUUAAAUUUAUAUAAAUAUUUUUACUCCCCCUCCCCCCAUUUUGUAUUUUAUUUUUCUGGUUAAUUUUAAGUUAUAGUUUCUAAGUUUUCUGAGUGUAAUAUGUUAAUAUUGAAUAAUUGAUUGAAUGAUGCGGAUGAUGAAUGAUUAAAAUUAUAAAUCAUAAUUUUAAUCAUGUAAUUAUUUUUAUUAAUAAUAUUUUGUAAAUUUUUAUUUGUUUUUGUUGCUUAUUUUUAUUUAAAAGUAAAAAAUUUGAUAUAUUUCAAAUGUUGAUUAAUUUUUUUUUAAUUUUUUUAAUUAUGUAAAUCGUAUUUGUUUAACAAAUCAAUUUUAGAAAAAGAAAAAACAAAAUGCAAUAUUUAACUAAAUUUUUUUAUAAACCAAAUGGAAAGGAGUAUGUCAUUUUUUUAUUUUGUUAAUUUAACAAAUUAAGAAAAAAAAAUAUUCAAAAAUACUAAAUGUCUUCCAAAUGUCUUCAGCAAAAGUUUUACACGAAUGGAAAAGAUAACAGGAGAUUAUAAAAUGUUAUUUAUUUUUUAAACAAGAUUUCAAAAACUUUUAAUUUCAAUUUCUUUCCUAUUUCUUUGAUUAAAAAGCAGCACGAAAAUUAUGCACAAUAUGCAUUAAAAAUUAAUAACUUCAAAAAUCUUGUCAAAAUUUUAGAUAAAAUAAAAUAGUACAUACAUUAUGAUUAUUUGGACAAAUAAAAAAAUAAAAAACUAUCUUCCUAAUAUUUUACUUUAUACUGUUGAAACAAACUUAUUUGAUUAAACUAAAUGAUCUCUCAUUUUAUAUAGUUGAUGUGAUAUUUUAAAUACAAAUAUUUAACAGAAAUUUUAAUUCCAUAUUAUAAUUGAGAAACAACAAUAAAAACCAUAAAUUCUAUAUUAAAAAGGCUUCAAUUUAAUUUAAAAAUUAUCUUCAUAUACUUAACAAUAAUUUUUCUAAUAAUGCAUUCAACUGGAAAAAUUGUUAAUAUUUCAUAUACCCAAAUUUUUUACAAAAAUAAAGGUUAAAAUUUCAUGAUUAUCAAUGCGUAUAUGGAACUUGUUUAAAUUCUAUAUUUUUUCUUUCUUUUGGAUUUUUUUAAUGUUAAAUUUAUUUAUUCCAAAAUUUUUGUAAAUAAAUAAUUGAUUUUUAUAAAAAUUGUUCAAAAUUUUAUUUAAUUUUUUAAAUAAUUCAUUUUUAAUCAUGAAAUAUUUAAAUGCGUUUUCUAAAGUUUCGCUAUUAAUGCUUUUUAACUGGAUAUAAAAUAAAAACGGUUUGCAAUUGUUGAAUAUGAAGCCUUUAUGUCAUAGAAAUAAUUUAUACAUCUAAAAUUUGUAUUAUUGAAAUAUUUUCUCUUAAUUUGUUUAAAUAACAAAAUUACAUAAUAUGAACGUACUCUUUUUUGGUAUAAGCAUGAUGGCAAUAAUUAAUUUCUAUUAAGUUUUUAUUUUUUAUAGCAAUAUUAGUUUUUAAACAAGCAAAAUUGUUUUAAUACUUCUCUUUCUAAGUUUCCUAUAAGACGAAAUUCAAAGACUUUUUUAUACAUAUUUUGGAAAGCUUUCAGAUCAUUUUAUAUUUUGAAAUUCCUGAACUUAAUUUUAGCACUGCCUCUUUGUUAAUUUCUUGUAUUUUUUACAAAAUUCAAAAUUUUCCUUUCGAAUAAAUUGUUUUUAAGAACUUUUCUAUACAUCAUAAUUUUGUUUUUAAAAUAAAAUAAUUAAUAGUAAAUUUAAUCAAAUGUUUGUACAUUGAAUGAAAUAAAAGAAAACAACUGCCCUACACUGCCCAAUUUACACUCAAUAAAAAUAAUUAAAUGAAAUGAAGAAAACAAAAAACCGAAAAAGAAAACAUAAAUUAUUUAUGUAAAGUGCAAUCUGUUAAGAAUCUUAAGUCUAUUCUUUUUUAUACAUACAUACA